AUGACUUCUAACCUUUUUGUUCUCUUUUUGACAUGUUUUUUUGUAGGAGCAAAUGGUCAAAAGAUCCAUCCAAAAUUAUCAUCUUCUGUACAGCAGAAAGAGGAUUUUCUAUCUGUCUACGUUGGUGGAAAUGUUACUUUAAAAUGUUCUAAUGACGAUCAGACAAUCAAACAGAUCUUCUGGUAUAAGCAAAGUUUUGGACAAAAGCCUCAAAUUAUUUCAAGUUCAUUUUUAUAUAGCACAGUAGAAACGUUUUUUGAUGAAUUCAAGAACAAUUCACGCUUCAAACUGGACAUAGAAAACAAAAAUAAUCUCUUGAAGAUCACCUAUUUGAAAAUUUCAGACUCUGCUACUUACCACUGCAUAAGUUCUGAUUCUUACUCAAUUACAUUUUUGGAGAGCUAUAGUGUCCUUAUGAAGGAUCCUUCUUCUUACAUCCAGACUUCAGUGGAUCAGUCGUCCUCUGAGAACAUCCAUCCAGGAGACUCUGUGACUCUGAACUGUACAGUACACACUGGGAGCUGUGAUGGAGAACACAGAGUUUACUGGUUCAAAGACUCUGAAGACUCUCAUCCAGAACUCAUUUACACCCAUGGAGGCAGGAAGGAUCAGUGUGAGAGAAAGAAGAACACACAAACACACAGUUGUGUCUACAAUCUGCACAUGAAGAACCUGACUGAGUCUCAUGCUGGGAUCUACUACUGUGCUGUUGUCUCAUGUGGACACAUACUGUUUGGAAACAGAAUAAAGCUGGAUUUCGCAGUUCCACUGAACUCUAUGAUUCUUCACACUUUGGUUGGAUUAUUGACCAUCAUGAGCGUCCUCGUUGUUUUUCUGCUUUUUCUUCUGUGGAAGAUCAACAAGAGAAACAACCACACCUCCACAGAGGAAAGAUCACCUGCUGCCCCCUUAAGAAGCCCAGAGGCUGAGAACAAAGACACAGAAAGUCUCCAUUACGCUGCUAUAAAUGUUAAGAGGUCCAACAGAUCAAGACAGAAGAACGGCUCCAACAUAGACUGUGUUUAUUCCGGUGUGAGACAACAGACCUGAACCUUUAAGCCACUCUAGAGAUUUUAUUACAUUUUGUUACAUUUUAUUUUCAAUAUUAUCAUGCAA